UAUUCUUGCAGCAGUUCAUUUCAAUUUCAACCUGCACAGGCACUGCACUGGUAUCACAGAGAUCAGGGUUGGAAUCCCUGUAAGCCUGAAUUUUUUCAGGCUUUCUUUUGACAACUGCAUAAGUUAUGUAUUUGACUGUAGUGAUCUUUUCUGUUUAUAAUAUAUUAUGUAGAUUAUUUUCUAUAAAAAUUGGAGAAAGGAAUGAAUUUUGUGGAAAAAGGAGUAAAGAUUUUCAUCCUCACAACCCUUUCUAUCAUCUUUAGAGCUGCUGAAUUGUACUGUAUUCAAUUUACUUUUUUUCCUAGUUCCUGAUGAACCAGUUGCAAGCACGGGUUCAAAUACAAGAAAAAGGGGAAAAAAACCCAGAAAACUCCCAGAGAUAGCCCCAACAAAGCUCGCUAUUGCUCUGAAUGCAAAAAUCCCAUGA